CGGGCUAGUUCGAGCAUCUUCACUUCUAGGUAACCCCAUGCGGCAUCUAUGGGCGAGGCGUAGCUCGACUAUAUCCUCAUUACUACGAGCCCCUCCUGCCCUCCAUCCACGGCCGCCACUACCUUAUCAGCCAGCUUCGGCUAUCGCAGAAUUAUUUCGCACAAAGAGAGGACUUCACACUCAAAGCACGGGAGCGCUGUCUGUUGAAGAGAUGGAGACGGUCAACACCACGGCCCGCCUGGCCCGCCUACGGUCCUUGAUGAAGCAGAAGGGGGUGGACGUCUAUGUCGUCCCGUCCGAAGACAGCCAUGCCUCCGAGUACAUCGCCGCAUGCGACGCCCGGCGCGCCUUCAUCUCCGGGUUCACAGGCUCGGCGGGCACUGCCGUGGUCACCCUCGACAAGGCCGCCCUCGCCACCGACGGGCGCUAUUUCAACCAGGCCAGCAAGCAGCUGGACAGCAACUGGCAGCUCCUCAAGACAGGCCUGCAGGAUGUUCCGACGUGGCAGGAGUGGGCGGCCGAGGAGUCUGCCGGCGGCAAGACGGUCGGCGUGGACCCGUCCCUGAUCUCGAGCUCCGUCGCCGAGAAGCUCGACGAGAGCGUCAAGAAGAGCGGCGGCGCCGGGCUGAAGGCGGUCAGCGAGAACUUGGUCGACGCAGUCUGGGGUGACGACAGGCCCGCCCGCCCCAAUAACCCCGUCGUGCUCCUCCCCGAGAAGUACGCGGGCAAGGCCGCGGCCACCAAGCUGGCCGAAUUGCGCAAGGAGCUGGACAAGAAGAAGGCUGCUGCCUUUGUCCUGUCGAUGCUGGACGAGAUCGCCUGGCUCUUCAACCUCCGCGGCAGCGAUAUCCCCUACAACCCCGUCUUCUUCUCAUACGCGAUCGUGACAGGGGAUUCGGCGACGCUAUACGUGGACGAGUCCAAGCUCAACGACGAGUGCCGGAGCUAUCUCGACCAGAACAAGGUCUCGGUCAAGCCGUACGGUGCCCUUUUUGAGGAUGUCAAGGCUCUGGCCAAUGCCGCCAAGGCUCAGGAGACAUCUGAACCGCCAAGGAAGUACUUUGUGUCCAACAAGGGUUCAUGGGCGUUGAAGCUGGCCCUGGGGGGCGACAAGUACGUUGAGGAGGUCAGGAGCCCGGUCGCCGAUGCCAAGGCGGUCAAGAAUGAGACCGAGCUGGAAGGCAUGAGGCAGUGCCACAUCCGGGACGGUGCCGCCUUGAUUGAGUUCUUUGCCUGGCUGGAAGACCAGCUUGUCAACAAGAAAGCAGUCAUCGACGAGGUGGCUGCUGCCGACCAGCUCGAAGCGUUCCGCAAGAAGCAGAAGGAUUUUGUCGGUCUUUCCUUCGACACCAUCUCGUCCACAGGACCAAACGCCGCCAUCAUUCAUUACAAGCCGGAACCAGGCACAUGCGCCACCAUCGACCCGGACGCCAUCUACCUGUGCGAUUCGGGGGCGCAGUUCCUGGACGGCACAACCGACGUCACCCGGACCCUACACUUUGGCACUCCCUCCGACGAACAGAGGAAGGCCUACACGCUAGUCUUGAAGGGCAACAUCGCCCUUGACACAGCUGUCUUCCCCAAGGGCACUACUGGUUACGCAAUCGACUGUCUGGCCCGGCAAUUCCUCUGGAAACAAGGGCUCGAUUACCGCCACGGGACGGGCCACGGCGUGGGGUCGUACCUCAACGUGCACGAGGGACCCAUCGGCAUCGGGACGCGUAAGCAGUACGCCGACGCCGCGCUGGCUGCGGGCAACGUGCUGUCGAUCGAGCCGGGCUUCUACGAGGACGGGGCGUACGGCAUCCGGAUCGAGAACCUGGCGCUGGUGCGCGAGGUCAAGACGGAGCACUCGUUUGGCGACAAGCCGUUCCUCGGGUUCGAACACGUCACCAUGGUGCCCUACUGCCGGAAGCUGAUCGACGAGACGCUGCUGACGGCCGAGGAGAAGGCCUGGCUGAACCGCAGCAACGAGGAGAUCCGGGAGAAGAUGAAGGGGAGGUUCGAGGGCGAGGAGCACGCGCUGACGAGGGCUUGGUUGGAGAGGGAGACGCAGCCUUUUUGACUAGCUUUUUAUUUUUAAAGCAGCGGCAUAUUUAGUGUCCAACAAAGGGCGGUGUUCCCCCCCGCACCCCUUCGGUAUGAGGA